CAGGUGUUUGCUGACAAGCACUUUGGAGAGUGCAUGCUUAUCUGGGAUGUCCAUAAUAGAAUGAACUGUGUGUUCCCUCUCUGAUGUACUAGGUAGCAAUCUCCUGCCUUUAGACAAGUCAGCACUAUCAGUUUUCUUCUUAUAAAAGACAAUGACUACUGAUGAAGGUGCCAAGAACAAUGGAGAAAACCCAGCAGCUGCCGUUGCUGAAAGGGGAGAAGAUGUUACCUCCAAAAAAGACAGAGGAGUAUUAAAGAUUGUCAAAAGAGUGGGAAAUAGUGAGGAAAUGCCAAUGAUUGGAGACAAAGUUUAUGUUCAUUACAAAGGAAAAUUGUUCAAUGGAAAGAAGUUUGAUUCCAGUCGUGACAGAAAUGAACCAUUUGUCUUUAGUCUUGGCAAAGGCCAAGUCAUCAAGGCAUGGGACAUUGGAGUGGCCACCAUGAAGAAAGGAGAGGUCUGCCAUUUGCUGUGUAGACCGGAAUAUGCAUAUGGCUCAGCUGGCAGUCUCCCUAAGAUUCCCUCGAAUGCAACUCUCUUUUUUGAGAUUGAGCUCCUUGAUUUCAAAGGAGAGGAUUUAUUUGAAGAUGGAGGCAUUAUCCGGAGAAUCAGACGUAAAGGAGAGGGAUACUCAAACCCAAAUGAAGGAGCAACAGUAGAAAUCUACCUGGAAGGCCACUGUGGCGAAAGGAUGUUUGACUGCAGAGAUGUGGUAUUCACUGUUGGUGAAGGAGAAGACCAUGACAUUCCAAUUGGAAUUGACAAAGCCCUGGAGAAAAUGCAGCGGGAAGAACAGUGUAUUUUAUAUCUUGGACCCCGAUAUGGUUUUGGAGAGGCAGGGAAGCCUAAAUUUGGCAUUGAACCUAACGCUGAGCUUAUAUAUGAAGUUACACUUAAGAGCUUCGAAAAGGCCAAAGAAUCCUGGGAGAUGGAUACCAAGGAAAAAUUGGAGCAGGCUGCCCUUGUCAAAGAGAAGGGAACCUUAUACUUCAAGGUGUGUGAGUCCCUGUACAAUCCUUAA